GCAGUUGAGAAAGAAAAGGAGGCAAGGUAGGAACUAGGAAAGAAACAUGAGGAGGAUAAGCUAUCCCUUCCUUUUCUUAAGCAGGGAAAGCUUUCACAACUAAGCAAGCGUUUUCACAUGCCCAAGAAAUAAAAAGACCAAAAAAACAAAAAAAAAGGGAAACCCAGCAAGGAAAAGGCAAAUGGAGAAAAAUAAAAAGCAAGCGGUGCUUUCUCUUCUCUCAGUUGUCAUCAUUCAUCAACUCUCUUUUUAGAAAGUCCUCUUUCUAAUCUUUCUUCUUCAAAAACUUCCACUGCACAAAACCAGAACUGUUCCCCACCAAAGCUGUUCCUUUUGUCAUUUAUACUCCACUUUUUCUUCCUUCUUUUUUCUCUGGAGAAGAACCCCAAAACCAAAAGGGGGACAGAUGUGGCAAAAACAUCCCAAUGCAUCUUCCUACAGAGAAUCAAUCAAAUCUCUUGAAGCUGAUAUUCAACAUGCCAACACCCUGGCAGCUGCUCUCCCUAGGUAUUGCAAUGGGGAUUGCAUUCAGAUGAGGUUGGCUUACGGCCCUUUUGCUCCCUUUUUCCUAUUUCUGAUUGAAUGGUUGAACUUUAACUGUACAGAUACUCUCCCAAGUUAUUUAGGCCUUCUCCACAUACUUGUGUAUAAGGUAUAUGUGGAUGGAAUGCCAACCAUGUCUUCACAGGAAAGGAAAGCAACCCUCCGGGAAUUCUAUGCUGUUAUAUAUCCUAUGCUUAGGCAACUUGAAGGCGAACUAAUUGAAUUGGAAGAUUAUAACAAAAGGAGUCGAUGCUCGGAUGUUGUCAACAGAAAAAGGCUGGAAGAAAGGAGGAAGCUUUGUGACAAAGAUCAGGAUAGAGAUGAUGAAUGUGGGAUUUGCAUGGAAACUUGCUCCAAGAUGGUAUUGCCUUCUUGUGGUCACUCAAUGUGCAUCAGUUGCUUCCAUGACUGGUACAAAAUCAUUUCUUUAACUCUUCAUGAUUAUUUCAUAGUUUUCCAAAAAGGGGAUGUAAUUAAAAUGUACUCAAUGUUGAUCAUCAGGAAUGUUAGGUCACGGUCUUGCCCCUUUUGCCGAGGCAGCCUAAAGCGGGUCAGCUCUAGAGAUUUAUGGGUUCUGACUAGUAAUGGUGAUGUAAUUGACACAAUCACUCUUGCAAAAGAGAAUGUUAGAUGUUUCUACCUUUACAUUGAAAAUCUGCCUCUCAUGGUGCCCAAUACCACCCAGGUUUCUGUAUUUGAUUACAUGAUAUGACUUAAGAAAGACAAUGCUAGCAGAAUUGAAGCAAUGAAUACAAAAAUGCCAAACAGCCACUGUACAUAGUCUGGCAUGAAGAAGUUGCAGUGUGUAAUCUCCUAUAUUAAAUUGGUGAUCUGUUUCAUAAAAACUGUAUAUAGUCAACUAAACUAUGAGUACCAGAUGCCAUUUCAUGAACUUGGAACCCGCGAUAAUUUUAUUCUGAUUGAACUGGGAUGAAUCAGGCAGCUUUGAAGAUUCAUGGAAUUCAACUCAGCUUUAGAGACACAAAUGUAAAGAAAGGGGAAAUGUAAAAAGGUAAAAAGGUAUCCCCUGGCAUUCAACUCAGCUUUUUAGAGCCUGGGUCUAGGAAUGGAAUGUGGAAGUGAAAGCUAUUAGAUUUGCUAGUAUGUUGGCAUUGUUGUUCUACGAUGAUGUAUGACAGUUCAUGAAUUAAAUUAAAUGCAUAUUUUCUCUGGAAA